AUGACUGGCCUAAUGUGGUUUGGUACUCAUGAUUACCAGUCCAUCGCGCGUACGCGCCAUGCAUGCGAGCAGGAGGACCAUCUCAAUUCUUACACAUGGACGGAAUACGAUGCACGCCAAGGAGGAUCACAAAUCGUGAAGGAUGGGAUGAACAAUGUUAUCCUCACCACGGAAUUUCUCAAAAUUCCAGGCGGUCAGCAUGGUGGAAGCUGGGCUGCUCGCAUUAGAGGGGAGCCCAUGAACCAAGCUCUACCUUCCCGUAUAUCCACGAUUUUCUAUAUGGGGCUGGAAGGUCUAGGAGGAUUGGACAUGGAGUCUGAAGAAGCCGAGAACGGUCUGGAAGGACCAGUAACGUUCUCUGGAUCGUCUCCGGAAUUGGAUGAGUUUACCAUUCGCAUUGUUGAUGGCCCGGACAACGAAGCAGUAACCGUUGGCCCGCAUUCAAGCGUAUUCGCUGAUAGAAUAGGCAAGUCUCACUUUGCUGGUCUCCGUGCUUCCCCAGGUAGAAUAUGGCAAGCGAAAGAAUUGCUUGUGCAGAGCUUACUCAAACACGCACAGGAUGCGGCUCUGCCAUACAAAGACCAAUCCAACGGCAUGCCUGACCCAUCAUUCGUCUUACAGCUGCCAGACGAAGUGUAUUCUUCGAGCAAUUUAUUCGCCCUUCAGAAGUCCUUCGACGGCCCAUUCCAGUUCGAUGUCUUCUUUGAGAGUGCCAGUGCCAAGCAGAAGCUUAGUACCGCCACUCUAGACGAGGGCUUGCCUGCUCUGAAAGCUUCCUAUGAGCAACGCUUCGAUAAAGUUUUUCCUGUUCCCGUCUCAUACCCUACUACCAACUUUGAUUCCCUGAGAGCGUUCUCGAAAGCGAUCACGUCAAACCUCGUUGGAGGUGUCGGCUACUUCUACGGUCCAUCAAUUGUUGAUAGGUCAUUUGCGUUUGAAUGGGACCAAGAGGACGGUGACUUCGAAGACUCUGAUGACAAUGAAGAGAAGGGUGCUAGGUUAACGGAACCCCAAGAGCUCCUUACCGCUACACCGAGCAGAAGUUUCUUUCCCAGAGGAUUCUACUGGGAUGAGGGAUUCCAUCUGUUGCACAUUGGCGAAUGGGACAAUGAUCUCAGUCUGGAAAUCCUAAAAGAUUGGAUUAACCUCAUUGAUGAGGACGGUUGGGUCGCACGCGAGCAAAUUCUGGGUGAAGAGGCCAGAAACAGGGUUCCUCCCGAGUUCCAGACUCAAGUGCCAUCCUUUGCAAACCCUCCGACACUCACUAUGGCAGUCACAGCCUUCAUUUCCCGCCUCAAAGCCUCAUCUCCAGAAAUCACAGACAGGGACCUGGGAAUGGACCUCGGCAUGGGAGCGCAAGUGCCCAUAUCAGAAACACAUCUCGCGCCAGGCAGCCGUUACCUCCAGUCUCCUGAGCUUGCACUAGAGUAUCUGCGCUCCAUCUACAAGCCACUGAAGCGCCAUUAUGACUGGUUCCGACGCACGCAACGCGGGCAGAUCAAGCAGUACUCGCGCCGUGCCCGCUCGCGCACGGAGGCGUACCGCUGGCGUGGGCGAUCGCAGCAGCAUGUGCUCACCAGCGGCAUGGAUGAUUACCCGCGCGGUCCGCCGCAUGUGGGCGAGCUCCAUCUGGAUUUGAUCUCGUGGAUGGGGUUUUUCACGCGCACGAUGAAGGAGAUCGCAGAGUACGUUGGCGAGGCCGACGAUGCUCUGGCUUUCGAAGAGAUUGAGAGAGCUAUCAUCGACAAUAUUGAUGACCUGCACUGGAGUGAGGAGAACCAGAUGUACUGUGACGCCGACGUCGACGACGAAGAUGAGUCCUAUCACGUCUGCCACAAAGGUUACCUCUCGAUAUUCCCUUUCAUGCUCGGCCUCCUGCCUGCCGACUCCCCACACCUGGGCGCGAUUCUUGAUAUGGUCCGCGACCCGAAGCAACUCUGGUCGCCAUACGGGCUGCGCAGCCUCUCGGUCUCGCACCCGGAAUUCGGGCAGGGCGAGAACUAUUGGAAGGGCCCGAUCUGGAUACAGAUGAAUUACCUGGCGCUGCGUGCGCUAUACAAGACGUAUGGCGCCCAGGAGGGACCGUACCAGCAGCGUUCAAAGGAGAUCUACACGGAGCUGAGGAGGAGUGUCAUUGACAACGUGUUCAAGGAAUACGAGAGGACGGGCUAUGUCUGGGAACAAUACGAUGCUGUCACAGGAGAAGGCAGACGAAGUCAUCCGUUCACUGGUUGGACCUCGCUGAUUACCCUCAUUCUAUCGGAGAAGUACUGA